CUGGCGCACAGUCAGCCACGGUCCCAGCCUGCCCCGCGCCGGCCAACGAGAGCAAGCCCAGUGACUCACCUCCGCCGCGCUAACUCCUCGCUAGCUCUUCCUCUCACACACGCUCACACCCGGUUCGAGAUGGCGGCGGCAGCGGCAGCAGCGGGGGACUCCGACUCCUGGGACGCGGACACGUUCUCCGUGGAAGAUCCCGUGCGGAAGGUGGGGGGCGGCGGCACUGCUGGCGGGGACCGAUGGGAAGGCGAGGACGAGGACGAGGACGUCAAGUUAGAAGAACCUGAAGAACCUAAAGUGCUAACACCAGAAGAACAAUUAGCAGAUAAACUGCGGCUAAAGAAAUUACAGGAAGAGUCAGACCUUGAAUUAGCAAAGGAAACUUUUGGUGUUAAUAAUACAGUUUAUGGAAUAGAUGCUAUGAACCCAUCUUCAAGAGAUGACUUCACAGAAUUUGGAAAGUUACUAAAAGAUAAAAUUACACAAUAUGAAAAGUCACUAUAUUAUGCCAGUUUUUUGGAAGUCUUAGUUCGAGAUGUGUGUAUUUCAUUGGAAAUUGAUGACUUGAAAAAGAUUACCAAUUCAUUGACUGUGCUUUGCAGUGAAAAACAGAAGCAAGAAAAGCAAAGCAAAGCCAAAAAGAAGAAGAAAGGUGUGGUUCCUGGAGGGGGAUUAAAAGCCACCAUGAAAGACGAUCUGGCAGAUUAUGGUGGUUACGAUGGAGGAUAUGUACAAGACUAUGAAGACUUCAUGUGACAUUUUAUCUUCUGGUGUCUUCUUUAUGUUGCCCACAAUCCCUUCAACAUGUAGCACAAUUUCCUUUCCUUUCAGUUCUGCCAAAUGCUACAAUCCAGAAGUGCAGUAUCUUUUGUGCUGGUUAUUAACCCCUUGACACUUAGGUGCUAAUGUGCGAAUGAGGGAACUUGGAUCUUGCUGCCAAGGGGUUAAAAUUGGGAGCCUCAGUUGCUACUAAAUCAUAGUUCAAAACAAAACAAACCUAAUAAUGUUGUCACUGUUGCUAUCUGAUUCCAUAGCAGCAGUCACUAAAUUGGAAACAAAAGGAUGUGAUAUGAUAAAAAAAAAUUGUGUAGUAUUUACCAGCACCAUUCAGUAAUACAGCCUUAACCAUACCUCCUUGAACUACUUCAUAACUUGUCAAGAAAAGCAGUUUGCAGCAAGGGCAUGUGGUGUGCACCUAGUAUUAAAAUUGCUUUGUCUUAAAAUUGAGCGUGAGGAUAUUAAAAAUAUAUUGUGAAGAGGACUGCUUAUCUCGGAGUGAAGAUACUGCGGCUGAAAAGCACUAGUUUGAUAAAAAUUAAAUGACCAAAACCCUCCAACUUUGAAGCCGAAGAAGGUAAAACUCUCCAUUAUUGCAUUACAAGUUGUGGAAUCUCUUGAGUGCAUAGACUGUCUAGUUUUUAUAUAUCAGACUAUUUCUACUGAUGGAGUGCUUCAGGUGGGGGAGGGAAAGUCUUCACCUGUUUUUAUUUGCCUGAUCUAAGUGUCUGAGAAACAGAUCUCCUUUGUUCUCCUAGGCUACAGUGGAAUAACUUUAACAGGGUUUUGGCAUUUCCUUUCCUUUAUAAAACAUGCUCAGCAAACUGCACCAGUUAACUACAGUUUGGUAAAUUGUUAUGUUAACAAUUAUGACAUCUGCAAUGUUUUAUAAAGCAACUAAUUUAAUAAAAUCACUAUUGUGAGGACUUAAA